CAGUGACCAGGAGUUAAACCUUGGGAUGUGCACACAAUGUUGGACAACAAGGACUUAGAAGCUGAAAUCCACCCCUUGAAGAGUGAAGACAGAAAAUCACAGGAAAAUCUGGGUAACCGACUGAAAAAUGAAGAUAACUUGAAGAGCACACCUCCACUUUCCCGGCUCUCCCGAUGCCGAACAGUGGCAUUUUUUCUUUCAUUGUUUCUCUGCCUUUUUGUGGUAUUUGUCGUCUCAUUCAUUAUCCCAUGUCCUGACCGACCUGUAUCACAGCGAAUGUGGAGGAUCGAUUACAAUAUAGCAGUCACCUAUGACUUUCUGGCUAUGGAAGACAUAAACAAUGACAAGAUCCAAGAUGUUCUCUUUCUUUAUAAAAAUAUCAACAGUAGCAGCAAUUUCAACCGAUCCUGCAUUGACGAAGGCUUCUCCUCUCCUUGUACCUUUGCAGCUGCUGCAUCAGGAGCCAAUGGCAGCUUGCUCUGGGAGAGGCCUGUGGCCCAGGAUGUGGCCGUCGUGGAGUGUGCUGUGCCCCAGACAAGGGACGGCAAGGCUGCUUCUGCCUGCAUCCUCGUGGACAGACCUGGUUCUUUCAUUGCAGUCAACCUGUUCACAGGGGAAACCCUGUGGAGCCACGCCAGCAGCCUCAGCCAGAAUGCCUUCAUCCUGAGGCCCCUGCUCCAGGUGCCUGACGUGGACGGCGAUGGGGCCCCAGACCUGCUGAUGCUCACCCAGGAGGAGAAGCAGGUGAACAGUUACAUCUACUCAGGCAGCACCGGGCUCCAGAUUGGCCACAGAGGCAGCCUCGGUGUGGAUGGAGAAAGUGGCUUCCUCUUGCAUGUCACCAGGACUGGCGCUCACUACCUCCUCCUUCCCUGUGCAAGUUCCCUCUGCGGCUACUCUGUGAAGGGUCUCUAUGAGAAGGUGGCCCAGGGAAAUAGCCCAUUCAAGAAAGACCCCCUGUGGGAGGACAUGCUCAACACCACCACCCACCAGGUGCUUCCACACAGCUCUGGUGCAGUGCACCACCUGAUGCAUGUCCCAGGGAAAGCUGGCGCAGAUGUGCUCCUUGUGGGCUCGGAGGCCUGUGUGCUGCUGGAUGGGCAGGAGCUGAUGCCCCGCUGGACUCUCCGUAUGGCCCCAGGCCUGAGAAGACCUGUCUUCGGCUACUACAAACCAGACACCUUAGCCGUGGCUGUUGAAAAUGGAACCAGCAUUGACAGACAGAUCCUGCUUCUAGACCUCAGCACUGGGGCCAUCCUGUGGAGCCAGGCCCUCCCAAGCCUUCCUGGGGGCCCACCGUCUGCCAGUCUUCCCACUGCAGACCACCGCUCAGCCUUCUUCUUCUGGGGCCUCCAUGAGCCAGUUGGCACCAAUGAGACGGAGGCCAGGGGCGCCCAGCAUAGCCUGUACAUGUUCCACCCCUCCUUGCCCCACGUGCUGCUGGAGCUGACCAGCAUCUCCACCCCCAUCAUUGCCUUUGACGUGGUCCUGUUUGAGCCAAGCCGCCAUGCCGCCCUCGUCCUCCUCAUGGGCCCAGCCAGCUCGGACACACCUGGUCUGGUCUCUGUGAUCAAGCACAAAGUGCGAGACCUUGUCCCCAGCAGCAGGGUAGUCCACCUGGGUGAGAGAGGGCCAGACAGUGACCAGGCUGUCAGAGACCGAUUCUCCCGGCUGCGGUACCUGAGUGAGGCGUAAACAUGCAUCAACCAGACCCUGUGAGAGAGAAGAGACUUUGCCUGCUGACAUUAGCCAUCCAGGAAGCCAGCCCAUCCCUGGGCCUCCAUGCUGGCUUUCCCACUCCUGCCCCCUAUGGUGGUCUCCACUGGGGAACUGUGGUCUUACCAGGGACAUACGUGGGCGAGGGGAUACCCAGGGCUCCUUUCCUCCUGCCCAGCGCCCCAUGUCUCCCAGGUCCCCACACAAGGUCUCACUCUGCACCCCAGCUGGUACUGCUCGUGGCAGGCUGCCUUCAUGGAGGUCUUCCUGGGCCACUCGGACAGAGUACUCUGGCAGCACCCAUCUGUACCUGUGGCCAGGUCAGAGGCCAUCAUGGUGGGAAAAGCCAGGGCAUCUCUGGGGACGUGCUGCCCUGCCUCAUCCUGCAGAAGUUCCUUCCCUUCCUGUGUAGAUCUGGGCACCAUCCCCAGGAGUCACAGAGCUCAGGGCGUGAGCCCUGGGGUGGCUUCAGGCAACAGCUGGAACCUAAGACAGCUCCAACCCCAGGCAUCCCCAGAGCCUAGAGGGGCCCCAUCUGGCUCGGUGGUGUGGUGGGGGGAGUGGGGCUCCUGACAUGGUGGCUGGGGCCAGCAGCUGCUCACAGGUGCCCUGGGGUGCUUGCAGCCCAUGUGCCGACUGCUUGUGCUAUGAGUGUCCCGGGGAACUGGCCAUGGAAUGCACUUAGGGUCAGUCAGGGCCCUUCAGUACACACUGGAGCUGCCUGUGCCCCUGUGCGGGGCAGUCUCCUUACCUCUCCCCUGGUGCUCACACUGGACCAGUCGGUGUCACUGACAGGACUCACCUCUGUGCCUUGCUGAGGCCUGAGGGCAGCAUGGUGCUCUGUGCUGCUCGGGCAACAGGGUCCAGCUCCGCAGCCAAAGCAGCCAAAGCAGCCUGACUGCCCCAGUCACCAGGAUAAAACCAGAAUAAACAUUUCUUC